AUGCAAGACAAAACCAAGAAAGCCGUGAAAACACCUACCAAGAAAGCCACUUCCACAAACAAAGAUGCCUUCGAAGAGAAAGAUGAAGGAGACACCAACAAAAUAACAAUAACAAAGGCAGGUCGAAAACCACCACCAACGCCCAAAAAACAAAAGCAAAAGGAAACCCAAGUUCAGAUGAUCGAAUCAGAUGAUGGGGUCGCAGAUGGCACAACACAACCAACCAUCAAACAAGCCAUCCCAGUAAGCAGUAAUGAUCCUUCCUAUCACCCCACCAGCACUCCCAAUCAUCAUCCAACAUCUCCCAAAGAUUCUACAAAAGAGUUUAUAGAUGAAGUAGACAAACCUAUUAAAGAAACACAAAAGGAUCACACCAUUGACUCUGAGCAUGAAGAUGAAAAAGAGAAAAAUGCCCCUGUUAAGGGGGAAGUAGAUGUGGAGAUGCAAAAUGUUGACGAAGUUGUCGAAGACAUAUCUGAAGAUGGCUAUCCGACAAUUGAAAACCCAGACAUUGAUGGCCCAGAUGACGAAGAAGAAGAGGAUCAUUUUAUGUCCAACUUUCACAUGGAGCCUGCUAAGGAUGAAGAUGAGGAACAAGAUAAUGAACAAGAGAAUAAGCAAACCAAUGACAUGUCUAAGACCAACCCAACUUCUAAUGCUGCCAAAGAUACCAUAUCACCUUCGACCAGAACCAAUGUUGCCCUCUCUCCAGAAGAGCUAGAAGCAUUGAAGCAAAGCAAACCAAUGGAAUAUCUGAAGGCCACUAACAGUGCAGGGGGUAGCUCGACUGAAAAAAGUCAUAGUACUUCAAUAGUGUCAGGUGGCCAAUCUACAAGCAAAUAUGGCCAUGAAUUGCUCCUCAAAAUCAAAGAAAAAUCCUUUCACAUUGAUCUACUCCAAGUCUUGGAGAAUGACACUUCUGCUUGCUUUGGGAUCAAAGAUCUCUUCAAACAAGUUAACGUCUUGAACGCUUCCAUAGAAGUUGCAGAUGUCAUCAUGGAUCUAGGGUUUCUGAUUAAUCAAGUUGUUGCGGAACUUAAUCGCAUAAGGGAAGCUUCGAACAAAAUCUAA